UCCGAUACCACAUAUCUUCUAUUUCUCUCUAAUUGCUCUACUCAAACUCAAACAAGAAAAAUAAGAAAAAAAAUUGCAUAGUAAUUUUCUGUCCAGUAAAGAAAGAUGGUAUUCUCUCAUAGGAAAAACCUAUUUAAAACUGUAUUCUUUUGCUGCUUUUUAGUAGCCUCACUUCAACUUGGAGCAAUGAGGCCACUGGAUGGGGAGCACUGGCUGGCAAAAGAUGAGCUUCUGCUUCGAUCACUCCAAAAAGGUCAGGAGAUAGGGUCCGAACACAAUCCAUGCACAAACAUCCCUGGAAGCGAAACCGGAGUCUGCAAGCUUGGCGGCAUGAACAUAGCUGGUAAUGUUAUGCACUCGUCUACCGCAUUUCCCAGCGUUGUUGCUGAGUUUCGGGCGGCUUCCACUGCCAACGGGACUCAUGAUCAAGACAAGAUUUCUUAAUUGCUACAAGUUUAGCCAUCCAAAUUCAGAAUUCAAAAUACAUAUUAAUGUGAUCAAAAAUUUUUUUCUCGCUGUUUCCCAUAUUUGUAAAUUCUUUUGUUUAUUAAUUCUUGCUUAGGGCAGCCAAUCCAAGUAAUGUUUAGCUGGGAGGUAGGAUCGAUGUUCAUUAUUUUAUUCAAAAUGUUUUGUUUUUCUUUCUUUCUUUUCCUUUCUAAUUUCUAACGCUGAAUGUUUUA